UGCCUAUAUAUGAAAACUUCUUCCCUCUUCGGUACUAUUUUUAACGCUUGCUAUAAACGCUUUUUAAAUUGAUGUGAUAGGCUGAACAAAUAUUUGUUGUGAGGGGAUAACUAUUAUUGUACUUGACGUGCGCUUGUGAGAGUGUAUGAUGGCAUCGAAUGACAAGGUGACCUUGACGGAAGCCUUACAUAAUGUUAAUGUUCUGGAUGAUCUUCACCUGCCAGAUCAGCAGCCAUGCAUCGAGGCGCUGUCUCUCUCUAUCCACUAUCAGACCAACUUUGACACCAACUUCGAGGACAGAGCUGCCUAUGUGACCGGUGUCGCAAGAUACACUGAGGAGGCAACAGUGCAUUCUGAAUUGAACAAACUGUUGGAGGAAGGCAAGGAGUAUGCUGUGAUGAUUUACACGUGGCGCUGUUGCUCACGGGCACUGCCUCAGGUUAAAAGUGCUGCACAGGAAAAUCGAACCGAGAUCUACCAAAAGAUCGUGGAGGUUAUGGAACCAUUGGUUUCAAAACUUCGUGAUUUCAUGCACUUCCAGAUAAAAGCUGUUCAAACAUUUUGUGGUGAAGUAAGACGUCUAUGUCACAAGGAAAAGAGAAAUGACUUCGUAUCAGAAGCAUAUCUGCUUACACUGGGAAAGUUCAUCAGCAUGUUUUCUGAACUCGAUGAGCUGAAAAACAUGAAGGCCAGUGUCAGAAAUGACUACUCGGCCUAUAACAGGGCAACACAAUGUUUAAAGCUGAGCGUGGACAAAAAUCACAUGGAAGACUCUCAUACGCUGUCCAUGUUUCUGGCCACCCAGAACAAGAUUAGGGACGAGCUGCAGAAGACACUGGUGGCCAUCGAGGGCUACGAGGAUCUGCUGGCGGACAUCAUCAGCAUCUGCGUGAACAUGUACGAGAACAAGAUGUACAUCGAGCCCAAUGAGAAAUACAUGCUAGUGAAGGUAAUGGCUCUCAGUCUGUUCAUGGUCGACACUCCAACCAACAGCAUCUAUAAAAUGGAUCAGAAGAAGAGAAUCAGCAUCUCAAAGAUAGAUAGGAUACUCAAGGAACUUGAGAUAGUUCCACUGUACGGCGACAUGAUGGUGGCGCCCUACCAGUACAUCAAGAAGAGUGUCAACUUUGACUCUUCCAAAUGGCCCGAGUGCGAGUCGAGCAAAGUGAGCCCCCAGUCUAACAUCCUGGCACACCUGGAGCCCAUACGGGAGAACCACAUGUCCUACAUCAGCCAGCUCUCCAGGCACAGUAACGAGGCAUUAACAACGAUGCGAGGAAAGCUUCGCUCAUCAACGACCCUAGCGACGUCUCGUUCGGAUGCGGAGAACAAGGACCUGUAUGAACUGGCUCUGCGGGGUCUACAGCUGCUGUCGUCAUGGACCCAACAAGUCAUGGAACUGUACACCUGGAAGUUGUUGAACGCAACCGACAUUCAUUCCAAUCCAAACUGUCCAAAAGAUGCAGAGACAUACGAAAAGUCGACACGCUACAACUACAGCAGUGUGGAGAAGUUUGCCAUCAUCGAGGUGAUCGCCAUGAUCAAAGGAUUACAACUGCUAAUGCUUCGAAUGGAGUCUGUCUUCAUGGACGCCAUUCGGAGGCACAUCUACGCAGAGUUGCAGGACUUUGUACAGCUCGUGCUGAGAGACCCCGUCAGGAAGGCUAUCAAGAAGAAGAAUGAUGUCACCAAAGUCAUACUGGUUGCGGUGCGUGAAACAUGCGUCGACUGGUUGCGAGGGGUGGAGCCACAGGGCGACCCCGCUAUGAGAGGCAAAAAAGACCCUGACGAGGGCUUUCUCAUACAGGUACCCAGGAGAAACGUCGGUUCGUCCACAACACAGCUGUAUUUAGUACGCACUAUGCUCGAAUCGUUGGUGAGCGACAAACAUAUCGGAAAACGUCAAUUGAGGAAAGACUUGAACGUAAAAGACGCCCAAAACAUCGAAGCGUUCCACAAAAUGUCAUUCUUCUGGAGUUACAUGUUAAAUCUUAACGAUUCCCUUCAUGCCAGCUGCAACUUAUCUCUGUUGUGGUUCAGAGAGUACUUCCUUGAACUGACAAUGGGUGAGAGAAUUCAGUUUCCCAUCGAGAUGUCGAUGCCCUGGAUCCUCACAGACCACAUCCUGGAGACCAAGGAUAUGAUGGAGUACGUUUUGUACCCACUUGACCUGUACAACGACAGCGCUCACUAUGCCUUGACACUUUUUCAUCAACAGUUCUUGUACGAUGAAAUAGAAGCAGAGGUUAACCUGUGUUUUGACCAGUUUGUGUACAAACUCAGUGACCAAGCAUUUGACUACUACAAGCAGAUGGCUGGCAACAUUUUGCUGGACAAGCGUUUCCGAUUGGAGUGCGCACACAAUGGCGUGCUUAUUGAAUUCCCGAAGGCGAACCGCUAUGAAACGCUGCUGAAGCAACGGAAUGUGCAGCUGCUGGGGCGAUCUAUUGACCUGAACAAACUGGUUGGACAGAGGAUCAAUGCAGCGCUUCAAAAAGCCCUCGAGGUGGCCAUAUCGAGGUUCGAGGGAGAAGACAUCACGGGUAUUAUGGAAUUGGAAGGCCUGAUUGACUGCAACAAGUUGACCCACAAACUUCUGGGGCAGUUCUUGUCUCUCAAUGAUUUUGAUGCGAUGUUACGGGAGGCCAACCACAAUGUUUCCGCCCCAUACGGGCGUAUCACGUUGCACAUGUUCUUUGAGAUCAGCUGCGAUUUCCUUCCGAACUACUGCUACAAUGCGGCAACAAACAGGUUUGUGAGGACGGUGCACUCGUUUGUGGAAGAGGUUCGUCGCGAGAAGCCCCAUCACAUACCCCAUAGGUACAUUUGGGGAGCCAAGACAUUGACGUCAUCGUUCAGCUCCAUAUACAGACAGUACGCAGGCUUUGUAGGAGCCCCGCACUUCCGGGUCAUAUGUCGUCUCCUUGGUUACCAAGGGAUCGCCGUCGUUGUUGACGAACUGCUUAAGAUGGUCAACGAGCAGUUGCGUGGUCCAUUGACGAAAUACACCGCGACGCUAAUCAAUAGUAUGCCCAAGAACUGUCGCCUUCUCAGAUACGACUAUGGUUCUCCUGGUGUGGUGGCAUACUACCAGGCCAAGCUUGAAGAGCUGAUCCAGUACCCGGACCUGAGGACCGAGGUGUUCCAACUGUUCAGGGAGGUCGGGAAUGCCAUCCUCUUCUGUCUGCUUAUAGAACAAGCUUUGACCCAAGAGGAGGCGAAUGACCUGAAGCAAUCAGCCGCGUUUCAGAAUGUAAUCCCCAAACCUUUCAUUCCCAGACAAGAUGGUCAAAGUCAGAAGGAGAAGCUGGAACUGGUGAAGAGUGUCAUGAAGAAACUCGAAGUUAAAUACCAGGCCUUACAGGUGGUUCCUGUUAUUGGCCAGUUGGGAAAUCAACAGCAAUCAACGAAAGCUCAGGAGGGAGACCUGCUGACCCGAGAGCGGCUGUGCUGCGGUCUGUCAAUGUUCGAGGUGAUCCUCAGGCGGAUCCAGUCAUUCCUCGAAGACCCCAUCUGGCACGGACCCGCGCCCGCAAACGGGGUCAUGAACGUGGACGAGUGCACGGAGUUCCAUAGACUCUGGAGCGCCAUUCAAUUCGUUUACUGUGUGCCCGUCGGGGAGAACGAGUACACCGUAGAGCAGUUGUUUGGAGAGGGCCUUAACUGGGCGGGAUGUGCACUGAUCGUUUUGCUGGGGCAACAGAUGCGAUUCGAAGCCCUUGAUUUCUGUUACCAUAUCAUUAAUGUGUACAGAGCCGAUCAAAAAGAUGAAAAUGUUAAAGGCAUCCAAAUAAAGAAAAUGGUUAACAGAAUCCGGAAGUUCCAGAUCCUGAACAACCAGAUAUUUGCAGUGCUUAACAAGUACCUAAAGGCUGAUGACUCGGGCGGGGUGGAGCUUGUUCGCAACUUCGACCCCAAACCACAAUUCAUUGGGUCGUCUGACAGUUUUCAAACUUCGUUCGUUUAGAUCAUAUGCACCGCGUUCAGUGACAAAUAUAGAAUCAACAAGGCAACAUUGAUGUUUUUAACAUUUGCGCAGGACAAAUUUCCAUUUACCUAUGUGUUUAAAGGUUCUUGCAAGAUCUAAGAUUACAACACGAUUCAAACCAACGUAUAAGUAAUUUUCUUUUAACUGUAUUCUUUUUGUAUUUCAAUGUCAAUGGUGAUGGGGAGCAACGAUAAAACGUUUUUCUAUAUGUGUAUGUAAACAUGUAUUAAAAAUCAUAGUACAGAUAUUAAUUAUUGACUUAUAGAAACGAAAGUGAUGAGCAACAAACACGUUUUCAUUCAACCAGUAUUUAUACGUUUACAUGUAUUUAAAACCAUAUAACAGUUAUUAAUUAUUGACUUCUACAAACGAAAGUAAGUAAAAAAUAAAGUUACUAAAGCUCAUUCGAACGGAUAAAUUUGAUCAAAGACCUAUUGAAUACAUUCUACAGGUCUUUGAUUUGAUGUGUGUUGGAAACGUGUUAAGAAAUUCAACGUUAAUAUAUCACCCUUAUCGGCAAUACUUUCUCUUAGCUCAAUUUAAUACAAUUCAAUGAAUCAAUCUCAGCAGUGUAAUUAUUUUAAUUAGUCGAGUCCACUCGAUUUUUUCCAAAGCAGCAUGCCAAUACCCAGAAAUAACAAAAAGGAAAUCUUGAGGUGUCAAAUAAAGGUCUAAAAAUAAACAAAAGGAACGCGCUGUAGAGAACAUAUGUUUAAUUCCAAAAUAUUUCAACAAUUUUUAUUAAAAUAAAAGACUUCUGACUGCA